AUGCUCUUUCAAAAUCGCAUCUAUAAUGACAAUUUCACUGCUCCAUUUAUGAAUGGCAAUCUUACAGGUCAUGUUGAUCUUCCCCGACUCGCCGAGGGUAAAGUCGGCGGCACAUUCUGGAGUGUCUUCGUGGAGUGUCCGAAGAAUAACACGGACUUCUCAGACACGAACUACGCGGAAAGUGUGCGUCAAACCAUCGAGCAAGUCGAUGUGAUGACCCGUUUGCAAAAAGCCUAUCCAGACGUCUUCUCUACGCCCCCAAAUGGGACAACAGCCCUUCAAGCCUUCAAGGAUAAGCGAAUAAUCUCCCCCCUGGGAAUCGAAGGCCUCCACUCCAUCGGAAACUCCCUAGCGCAGUUGCGCAGUUUCUACGAUCUUGGCGUGUCGUACGCCACUCUCACCCACAACUGCCACAAUCGCUACGCCGAUGCAGCUCUGGUUGAGCUGCCAGGUGGCGGAAUCAAAAAGGCCGACCCCGUACAUCACGGCGUGAGCGAGGCAGGCAAGGACCUUAUCUUCGAAAUGAACCGUCUUGGGAUGAUCGUAGAUAUAUCUCACGUGAGCGUGGACACGAUGCGGGACGUUCUGGGUGCCGGCAAGUACACAGACUGGGUCGGGAGUCGAGCCCCUGUCAUUUUCAGUCAUAGCUCUGCGUAUGCCGUUUGCCCUCACCCCCGUAAUGUCCCCGAUGACGUGCUGCAGCUUGUCAAGGAGCGGAAUUCGGUGGUGAUGGUCAAUUUCAACCCCGGAUUUGUCUCUUGCACUGCAGCGCCCGAUAGAAAAGACGGAUUGCCUAACUUUUAUCCUCCCAACUCAACGUUGGAGCAUAUCGCGGACCACAUUAUGCAUAUCGGGUCUUUGAUCGGCUUUGACUAUAUCGGGCUUGGUAGCGAUUUCGAUGGGAUCGUUGACGUCCCGCAAGGCUUGGAGGACGUGUCGAAGUACCCACAGCUUAUUGCUGAGUUGCUGCGACGGGGGGUCAGCGAUGAAGAUGCUGGGAAGAUAGCCGGAGGUAAUCUGCUGCGCGUGUGGAAGGAGGUGGAUCGCGUCGCGCUUCAGAUGCAGGCUGAAGGUGCGCAGCCUGUUGAAGAUUAA